AUGCGUGUUAAUAAAGAACUUUCGCAGAAUGGAUAUAGUUCUCAUCAUAGAAGAAAAUAUGAUGAUCGAUUAAAAAGAAGAAAUUAUCGUCAUGAUGAUCAUCAGUCUCGUAGUAAUGGAAAUUAUUCAUCACAUAUUUCAUUAAAAUCUCAUCAUAAUCGUUAUGAAAGUUGUACAUCUUCACCAUCAUUAAAUCGAAAAGAUAAUAAUCAAUCGAAUUAUUACGAUAAUCAUGUAUCAUCUCGAUUUAAUCGUCAAACGAACAGUCCUGAUAUAUAUUCACCAUUAUCAAUUGAUCAACCAAUUGUUUCUGAUCGUCAACAUCCAGAUGCUCUCUAUUAUAAGUCUUCACAAUCUAUGCCUGAUAGAGAUUUACCAUCACAUUAUAUUGAUUCAGAACGAAAUCGAUAUUCACCAUCAUUAUCUUCAGCUUAUCGACGAGACAAUUAUCAUUCAUCACCAUCCUUGCCUUCUUAUAGAAAUGAUUGUAUAUCUCGAAAUAAUAAUAACAAUGAUUUAUAUAUUCGUAAUGAAUAUCGAUCUCCAACACCGCCAGUAUUAGCACCUUUAUCUACACGUAGUACUGUUGAUUCAUACAAUGAUAUGUAUCGACCAAAUGAUUAUAACAAUCGUUCUCAGCACUAUGAUAUAGAAUCAAAUCGAAAUGGUUCAUCACGAACUUAUCAUUCAAUGACAUCUACACCAUCAUCUAUUCAUCGUUCGGAUUCCUAUCGAAUUUCAUCAACCACUCAAAUGUCAUCACCAUCAUCACUUCCAACAUUAUCUUCUUCUUCUGCUUCUAUGAUUCAUGAUCUGUAUACACAACCAUUUUCAUCUAUAAGAGAAAUUGAUUAUCGAGCAAGAGAUUAUGGAAUGACAACAUCAAUGGAUUAUCGUCAAACAGUUUCAAAUAAGUCAUCUGAUCAUUAUGAUAAUGAUUAUUGUUCAUCAUCAUCAUAUCGAGAUCGUUCAAAUCUCAAACGUUCUAGAUCAAGUUUGCAUGAGAAUGAAUCUAAACGACCAAUGAGACGAUAA